CCCGCCCACAGAUGCAAUUUCCAAAUGUUGAUUUCCACACGCUGGAAGAGUUGGCAUUUGGAGGAGGAAGCGGCGGAGGGCGAUCCCUGGCCGUGGGACGCUUGGGUGAGUGAAGGGCAGGAAAAGCCAGGCGCUGAGUUAGAGGAAAAGUGGAUCUGCAGCUUCAAGAGGAAGAAGGAUUUGCAGAAAAAGGGGAGGAAAAGGAACAAUCCUGUCCCAUCUUUCAUGGACCCCAUUUCUUCCUGCUCAUCACCCUUUUAGUCUCUGAAGAGUAAUAUUCUGGUGAGGGAAAGUGGCAUUGUGGGACAACCCUCCCCACCCACCCCACCUGUGCCUGAUUGCAGCAACCCUAGCGGCAACAGAGAGCCGCCUGCAAGACCUUCAGUGAUCAACAUUUCCACCCACACUGUGGGAGAGCACUCUCUGAACCGUCCUCCGUUGGAGGAGCAACAUGGCUGGGGUGGAGCUGAGAGGCUCAGAUUUCGGCCUCCGGGUCCCGACUGCCGCAGAGCCAAGGGAGCAUCCUGGGAUAAAGAUAGAAGAGCAAGAUCCAUUGGAGUUGGACCAGGUGGGAGAUGGACGAGGCAGGACCCCUCAUGUUGUCCACGCCGGGAGUAUUGAGGAAUUUGUGCAGAGGAGUACGGAACCGUGUGUCGAUCUGGAAUCGAGGGAGGAGUUGCUCCAACGCUGGGAGGCCCAGUGGGAAGAGUUCUUGAGGAAAUUGGAGUCCCCUCACCUGGAACGGGGAAUCCCACAGUUGCCGGAAGAGCCCACCCCAUGGGAUGACGCUAAGGCCUUCCUGGCCUCCUUCGAGCUAGUCGCUGAAGCCUGCCGCUGGCCCAAGGAAGAGUGGGUGGCCCGGCUCUUGCCGGCCCUCGGCGGGGGAGCCCAGCAAAUGUUCAGCAAGCUGGAAUCCCAGGACUGGAAGGACUACCAAAAGGUGAAGGUGGCCAUCUUGCGGGGGGCAGCCCUGAGGAGGGAGAAGCAGCGACAACACUUCCGGCGCUUCUGCUACCAGGAGGCCGGGGGUCCCCGGGAGGCUUAUGGCCGCCUCCAGGAACGUUGCUCUCAGUGGCUGAGGGCCGAGAGGCGCACCAAGGAGGAGAUUCUGGAGCUGCUGAUUCUGGAGCAGUUCUUGGCCAUCCUCCCGCCGGAGAUCCAGAGCUGGGUGAAGGAGCGCGGCCCGGAGUCCUGCGACCAGGCGGUGAUCCUGGCCGAGGUUUUCCUGCAGAGGCAGGAAGAGGCGGAGAGAUGGCAGCUCCAGCCGGUGCCAUUUGUGAAAGUGGCUGUGAGUUCCCCAGGGGCAGAGCAGGCGCCAUCUGUCUCCAGGCAAGGGCAGCCAUGCCAAGAAGUGAAGCGAGAGGAGGAGGAGGAGGCCUUCGAAGUGACCUCGCCUGGUUGUGGAGCAGCAGAUGAGUGCAAGAGGAAGAAUCUCCAACAGGGAUGCCCCAGGCGAGCAGAACCAUUUGGGAGAAGGAUGAGAGUUUCUGAGGAUGAGGAUCAGGAAGCCACUGAGGAGCAGCACAGGCUAAAGAAACGACAACGGCGACGGAACCACUGUGGGGAAAAAAUGGGAAGACCUGUUUUUUGUACACUGACUGACAAAACUCCACACCGGCAACAGCAAAGUCCAGAGCCAGUCGUCACGGAAAACUUCCAGCAGGGCUCCGGCUGCUGUAGGCAUGCUGCGGCCAACGGGAGCAAUUCCGCUCUGCCUUUUAGGCAGGCCUUUAGCUUGCACGUCCCCACGGAGGGAGACCUGCAGCCCACCAGAGAUCCGGGGACACCAAAGAAGCGGAGGAAGCCAAAUUGGAAUAUGGAGGAGAAGAAAUUGCUCUACGAGUUAGUGGUAGCGAACAAGGAGGCUGCUCUCGGCCUCGUCCCGGGGAGUGGGGCUGCGGCACGCCAGGCAGCCUUUUUUGUGGCUGCAGGGCGGAAAGUGUCCACCUUGGGUUAUUACGAGAGGUCGGGGCCUGCCACCCGCAAGAGGUGGAACGACACUUACGGGAACCUGAAGAAGAGGGUGCGAACGUACCGGCGCCUAGGCCUGUCAUUUGACAGGGCGGUGGAGAAAGCCACACGGCCGGAAGAGGCAGUCCUCCGCCCGCUCAUCCGCUGCAAGCGCCUGAAGGCCAUGGCAUCCGGCACCCGGAAUCCCCCGCCAGAAGAACCCACAGACACAGAAGAGGACUCCACACCCCCGACCUCAGACCAAGAACACUCGCCAGGAAGGAUGGUGGAGCUGGUGGCAUCCCCAGGGACUGCGACUCAUUGUAAAGGCGCAGGAGGCAGAUUGCAGUCAGGGACACCUUCCCCAACAGCAUGGGAGGAGGUAGCAUUGGGGAAAGGUGAACGCUCAGGAGCUACUCGGCGGGCUUCCGAAGUGGAAACCAGUGUCCCUGCAGAUGGUGCUGGACUACAGCUCCCAUCAUCUCGGACUAUUGGUGGUGCUGGCUGAUGGGAGUUGGGGUUCAACAUCUGGAGGGUCCUGAAGAUGAUAUCAUAAUCCUUACAAACGAUGCGUUGCAAUAUUAAUCUGCUGGUUGGCUGCAACAACUUGAGUUUAUGGUGAUCUUCAUGGCCACCUUACAAUUUUUUUUAAAAAAGGUCAUGUUGCCCUCCAGUGCCAAUCUCUCUUCUUCUACCUAGCAAUUGUGAAUGAAGCAACCCCAGUUUGUUCCUCCUCUUUUCUUUGUAUGUUUCAUUUUCAUUCAUUUGUAUGUGUUUUAUUUCAUAGAAUCAUAGAGUUGGAAGGGGUCUUGUAGGCCAUCGAGUCCACCCCCUGCUCACAGCAGGAAAUCCACAGCUAGAGCAUCUCCCGCAGAUAGCUGUCCAGCCUCUGCUUGAAGACAUCCAGCGAAGGGGAUCCCACCACCUCCCUAGGCAGUCGGUUCCAUUGCCAAACUGCCCUUACUGUCAAGAAGUUCCUUCUAAUGUCCAAUCUGAAUCUACGCUCCUGCAACUUAAAACCUUAUUUCCUUAUUUCUUACAUGUUGCCGAUUAUGUUUUUGAUUGAAUAAAUUUGGAAAAAAAAUCUGGAGGGCCACAGGUUCUGAAUUCCCCAGAAUUGCAGCCUGAAUUGUUUAAAUAUGCAUUGCAAUUGAGAGGAUGUUUAUGCAGCUAAUUAUGCAAUAUUUGAGAAUUUAAGGAGGGAAAUAAAUAAGUUGUCCCCAUUUUGAAUCUCUUGGAUAAGAAGGAAAAAAGCACUUUAACCAACAUUUCUUAAAGCACUUGUUUUUUUAAAAAAGAUGAUUGCUUCUGUUUUGUCAAGAAUGUAAUCUUGUUGGUUACAACUAUAAGCAUUUUAUCAACUUGGCUGCGACAGAUCGUUUUUU